UUAAUAUUUUGAUGUUUAUUUCUAAAUUCAUCUCUUUUUUCCACUUCUGUUCAGCUCUGAUGAAUCUUCUUCCUCUGUUACUUUGAUCUCUUUCUCCAUCCUUGUCUCUGUCGAUUCUCUGAGAUAUCUUCUCUCGAGCUUUUUCCCGCGUUAUCUCUCUCCCACUCCUGGUUGGAGCUUGAUGUCUAAAUUGUUAUUGAACUGCUGGAGUCUGUCUUGCUUUAAGUAGAAAGAGAUGAGUUACACGACGGCGACUGCUGAUAGUGAUGAUGGUAUGCACUCCAGCAUCCAUAAUGAAUCACCAGCUCCUGAUAGUAUUAGCAAUGGCUGCAGAAGUAGAGGGAAAAGAAGUGUCCUGAAGAAAGGACCAUGGACUUCAACUGAAGACGGGAUUUUAAUUGAUUAUGUAAAGAAGCACGGCGAGGGUAACUGGAAUGCUGUGCAGAAACACACUAGCCUGGCCCGUUGUGGUAAAAGCUGUCGUCUGAGAUGGGCUAAUCAUCUGAGGCCAAACUUGAAGAAAGGAGCAUUUAGCCAAGAAGAAGAACAGCUCAUUGUUGAAAUGCACGCCAAGAUGGGAAAUAAAUGGGCACAGAUGGCUGAACAUUUACCUGGUCGAACAGAUAAUGAGAUAAAGAAUUAUUGGAACACUCGUAUCAAGAGGAGACAACGAGCAGGCUUACCACUUUACCCUCCUGAAAUCUAUGUUGAUGACCUUCAUUGGAGCGAAGAGUAUACAAAGAGUAAUAUCAUAAGAGUAGAUAGAAGAAGAAGACAUCAAGAUUUCUUGCAGUUGGGGAAUUCUAAAGAUAAUGUCUUAUUUGACGAUCUAAAUUUUGCUGCUAGCUUGUUACCUGCCGCUUCUGACCUAUCAGAUUUGGUUGCAUGCAACAUGCUAGGAACUGGCGCAAGUUCUUCCCGGUAUGAGAGCUACAUGCCACCAAUAUUGCCUUCCCCAAAGCAAAUCUGGGAAUCUGGAUCUCGGUUUCCCAUGUGCAGCAGUAACAUAAAGCAUGAAUUCCAAUCGCCGGAACACUUUCAGAAUACGGCUGUACAGAAGAAUCCCAGAUCUUGCAGUAUCUCGCCUUGUGAUGUUGAUCAUCAUCCUUAUGAAAACCAACAUUCGUCUCAUAUGAUGAUGGUUCCUGAUAGCCAUACAGUUACGUAUGGCAUGCAUCCUACUUCUAAGCCCUUGUUUGGGGCAGUGAAGCUGGAGCUCCCUUCAUUCCAAUAUUCAGAAACUAGUGCAUUUGAUCAGUGGAAGACGACUCCGUCACCUCCACACUCAGAUCUCCUUGACUCUGUUGAUGCCUAUAUUCAAUCUCCACCACCAUCGCAGGUAGAGGAGUCAGAUUGUUUCUCUUCAUGCGACACCGGCCUACUAGAUAUGUUACUUCAUGAGGCCAAGAUCAAAACUAGUGCGAAGCACAGUUUGUUGAUGUCAUCACCCCAGAAGAGUUUCAGUUCAACUACUUGCACGACCAAUGUUACUCAGAAUGUACCACGUGGCAGCGAAAACCUGAUCAAAUCAGGAGAAUAUGAAGAUUCCCAAAAGUAUUUGGGUCGCUCCGAGAUUACAAGUCCCUCGCAACUUAGUGCAGGUGGUUUUUCAUCAGGUGAGUUGAUCAAAGUUACUUGUUGAUUGGUAUCUUAUCUACUCUUGUUCCAUAUUGAUUCUUAUGCAGCUGUGUUGGUUUUCGUAUAUGAAGCUUUUGCAGGGAAUGUUGUAAAGACAGAAGAGUUGGAUCAGGUUUGGGAACCAAAGAGAGUUGAUAUAACACGGCCUGAUGUUUUACUUGCGUCGAGCUGGCUUGACCAAGGCUGUUAUGGCAUUGUUAGUGACACAAGCAGCAUGAGUGAUGCGCUUGCACUUCUUGGUGGUGACGACAUUGGGAACAGUUACGUGACUGUUGGGUCAUCAUCAGGUCAAGCACCACGAGGCGUCGGGUCUUAUGGAUGGACCAAUAUGCCUCCUGUUUGGUCGCUGUAACAAAAUGAACCAUAUCACACAAUUUGAAUCUUUCUGUAUUUUCAUGCACCUGGCUUACAUGACUUGGUGGUUUGUUAUAGUUGAGAGAAGAUUUGUGGACUUGGUAAAAAUUUGGAUUUUCUUCACCUGAUUUUUCUUAUACUUGGAAGGCAUUUAUAUAUACUCAUUUCUUGUUCCUGCUACUUCCAUCAUACUAGCUCGAUUGGUUUUGUUUAGAUUGUAAAGAAGCAAAUCAAAAUUAGG